AUGCCAGCGCAGGGCUUAUGCGAGAAAGAGCUUCUCUACAAGUUUGCGCUAAAGAUUUCCAAUCUCCAGGAACUCUACCUGAAGAAGAAGCUAGUCAUGGAUCCCUAUGAGUUUUACCGGUGGGUUAUUUGUAAGAGUCUUAGGCCUGAUCUUCAUAAUGCCCUCAGCAAUUCUCGAAAUAGCCUGUCAGGAAUUAUUCGCAGUAUGGGAGACGACAGUGGUCAAGCCGAUCCAGUUUUUCGGACAAUUGUCCUUUAUUGGGCGUCUCUCACUGGCAACGAGAACAAAUUUGGCAAGCACAAGAAGACAGGAUCACGCAGCCAAGCAAUAGCACCGAAGCUAUCAGCAGCUCCGUGGGAAGGCUCCCAUACCAGCUCUCGCCUUGGAGGUCGCGACUUGGCGUUGCGUAUCUCGCGUCUGGAGAUGCGACGCAGAAAGCGCCGAGAUCAGACGAGUCGACCCCAAGUGUAUGCGGGAGUCAACGCUCAUCGGGCCGAAAAUGCGAGAGCCAAGCUCUGA